AUGGCCCCAUCUAAGCCCACUGAUUGCAGAAACGGCUUCAUCAGCAAUGGUGACAUAACAAUAGUGCCCGACUUUGAGUCAAAUACAGAAUUGAAAAAGUCAAUAUGUGACAGCUUAAACAGAUGCUUGGAGGAAGUCCGUGUCGCUGUCAGCCAGCCUUUGACAACUCAACGGAAGGGCCCUAAAUUCCUUGUGUUCCGACCAACUGGCAGACCAGGAGAUGAAUUUCAGAACUCCGUGGCAUCGCAUCUGAAAGAUGAUUACAAGAUGUAUUUGAUCACUGCAACGCCUAUGAAACCUUCGGAUGACUUCGAUAUCACUCAAACUGAUCUGAAGAAGCUUUACAAACAUCAGACGAAACUUGUCAUUAAUACAGGAAAACUAUCUGAAGGGGACACCAAUACCAAAGCACUGCAAAGCCUGGCUGGAGACAUAUGUAAAGAGUACCUUGGUUAUGUUAAGAUGCGGCCUGUCACGAGGACUGCCUGUCCCGCUCUCGUGCGGUUCAUGUUCCUUUUGGGCGUGUUCAUAAUCAUCUUGUGUCCACAACUGAAGACACGUUGCAUGCAACUGGUGCAUUAUAUCGGAGACGCAUUGUUGUAUCCAUGAGACUUUUAUUUUGGUGGGACUGUCGCGAAAUGAAGAACUUUCAUAUAUCAGAUUAUCUAAUACAGUUGUAACUGUAAACCAUAUCAUAACUAACUUGGCUUAUCAUAAUAUACCACUUAGUCUUUUGCAGUAUUCGCAAUUACUGUAAAAGACAACCUAUAUUUGAA